AUGGUGAUCCAUUUCGGCAGCAUGCACUUCCAGCCGUACCAGCAGGCGACAGAGAAUACGAGGCGCAAGGCGUCGAAGAUGUAUCCAUUCAAGUUUGGGCUUUCGUUUCCCCUCCUCAGCGUAGCAGGCGCCUUCAUCCGGCCCUCGCCGCGCCACGCUCUCGAGGCUUGGAAGUCGACCAGGCUCGAGGACGUGUAG